AACAGAUACCUUAACAAAAAGAACAAAAUGUCACGAAUUAGAAGACUGUCGUCAAGUUUGCAGAAGGGAAUGGGGUUGUCAUGGUUACUGAUCACCUUUCAAACGUACGGCUUUUGUGGGACAUGUAGUUUUUUUUUCCUUAUUUGAUACUUUUCACCAAGAAAAACUGUUAAUCUACUACAUUACCCAUAGUCCUGUGUUAUUAGAUGGUGUUGACUUGAGCUCUCUGUACUUCGGCAUAACUUUCGAACACUUUCCACUUAAGAAAUAGACAGUCCUUUUGAUUAAAUGUGUCUUUUUACUGACCAAACUAAAAAAAAAGGUAAUACAUAUGAGGUUUAGGGAGUUUUAGAUCUACAGGUGUAGAACUUGUGAUGGCGUUCUCUGGCAACAAUCCUCACCUGUUCAGGUGGAAAAGGCUUAGUUCUGCAACCAAGCAGAAACCUGACAAGAAUGGUGGAAAUGAUCUCUGGAAGAAGCGAGUCGAGAUGGCUUCUGAGUUUGCAGUUUCUCAAGUUUUUGCAAAUAAAAAGCCUCAUUUGGGAACCAGGGGGUUAGCCACACAAAUGCACAGCACGGAACAGUUAAGGGAUCAUGAUGAGGAUUACAGUGAAGCUCAGACUCUUUUGAGUAACUGGUUGAGCAGUAAGUUACGAAUUGACCUGGAAAUCGAAGAUGAGGAUGACCUGAUGUGUCCUGAUGAAGGGAGACCUUCUGCUGCCACUGCUGCAAACCUGACUGCUACAUUCUCUCACGGCAUUUUUGAUGAUUUUUGCCUGAGUGAUGAAGAAAAACAAUCAGGUGUGAACAACAUUUUACAAGAGCUAAAGAAGCGAGAGGUGCUGGACACUGUGAUGAUGGAGAAACUGGUACUCGAUGAUGAAACAACACCCAAGAAGUUCACAGACCCGGUCCUCACUAUGGAAGCUCGACACAGACAAGUGCGAGAAAACAGAUUGCAGCGGGAGGCUGAGAAGGAGAGGCAGCACAGGGAGAAGGAGGCUCGCCAGGCUGUCAGACAGGAGGCUAAAAGAAGGGAGAGAGAACGGGAGAUGAGGAGGAAGCAGGAGCAACACAAGCAAGAGGAGCUGAUGCAGCAGGAGCUGGUGAGACUGCGACGUGAGAUGGAGCAGAGGAGGGCUCAGGAGCAGCUUCCUCGACAGAGAAAAAGAUCAGAAUUGCAUCAGGCAGCAGCAAACACCCAAACAACUCCAGCCCAUCUCACAAAGCAACAGCAGAACAUCGAGCAGCUCCGUCGAGAAGAGUGGAUUCAAGCAAAGGUUCACACAAGUAACUUUAAGUGUGUACAGAGGCAUUUCUGUGGGUGGCAUUCAGCGGUGUUGGAGCGACAGCUGCAGAUGAGUAAGGCCACGGCCUUUUUUUCCUGGAGGAGGCAGCUGAGAGCGUGGAGAGCGUGGCGAGCAGUUGUUUGUGCAGAGCGAAGGCAUCGGGAUGUGGCAAAGACAAAGGAGGAACUACGAACAGAAAACAGAAAACACCAGCUGGCUGUGGAAAGUGACCGACGGCGGCUUUUACGGCGUUGCCUUUAUGAGUGGCAAGUAUGGUGUCGGAUCAUGAGGGAACAACGGUGCAUUUUGGCCCAGCAGCAGGAAACCAAACGCAAGAUGGCUGCCUUACUCAGUGCUGCGGUUAAAGGCCAUCUUAAAACCAAAAUAACUAUUGCAAAUCAGCAACAAGUGAUUCAACCAGAGCUGGGAAACCAAUCUGAGACCUCAGCGAAGAAGGAUCAAAACAGUUCAGACCCUUCAUCUCCUGGGGGCUCCAUGAUCCAUCAGGGUAAAAAUGCAACAAGAACUGUUUCCGGGCCUUUGCAGCCUUGGCAGGUGACCCGACGCCACACAGCACCCACUGCUGAAGACUUCCACAAGGCGCGGCAGUGGGUGGAAGACUUUACCAGCUCCACGGCGUCAACAGGCAGCAGGUUUGAAGGCAGACAUGCGGUCCAGCAGCAGAUUAUCACACAGCAGAGGAAGCUGCUGAAGGAGCAGCAGGAGCAGAUCGCCCGGCUGAAGGAAGAGCAGAACAUGAAGGAUCUGAGGCUGGAGAUGGAGAAAACUGCAGAGGAAAUGGAGAAAACUAGGCACUAUGCACCAGAGCAAAGGGCACCUGCUGGAGAAGCUGGCAGUCAGAGUGCACCUUCAAGGAAAGCUGUCACUCGGCAGGCGUACCCCCACCCCAUUGUAUCAGCGAUGGAGGCCCGUGCACGCCAGCGUGCAGAGCGAAGGAAGGAGAUUGAGGAAGUCAAGAAAAAGAAAGAGGAGCAAAAGUUGGCCGAGAUGAAGGCUGCUGAGGAGCGCAGGCAGCAGGAGGAAGAGGAGGAGAAACGCCAGGCGUUGGAAAAACGCAGGGAGGAAAAGAGGCUGGAAAGAGAGAGAGAAGAGGAAAAACAGAGGCAGCUGAAAAGGCAACAAGAGCUUGCAAGACUUGCCCAUCAACACUGUAACAAGACCUUGUUGCUACAGCGAGGCCUGGUGCCAUGGAAACGCUUCAUUCAGUUCCUAAAAGUCAACAAGGAGCUGGCUGAGAAUCAUCACAAGCUCCUUCUCCUGAGGCGCUGCACUCUGCAAUGGCAGCAAUCAGCAAGAGAGUCCAUGUCGGAGAGAAACGCUCGUGCAGAUCUUCUGCAGCAGCACUUUAUACUGCGGAGAGGCUUUAGAUGUUGGAUGAAACUGAGAGACCUGCAGGUGGUUCAGGAAGAGCGAGCUGAACGUUUUUAUCGCAGACACACUCUGAGGAGGUUUCUGCACACGCUGCUGGAUUAUGUGACCCAGGAGAGGCUGGUGGAGUGGGAACGUCAGGAGCUGGCUCAGGGACACAAUAACAGACGGGUGCAGCAGAGAUGUUUCCUGGCCUGGAGGCAGCUUCCAUGUGUGAUGCGCAGGGAGAGAGAGAGGAAUGCUCGGCGAGAGAAGCUGAUCCGGAGAGUGGCAGAAGUUCUGCCCGACUUCCACUCCCAUCCUUUAUGAAAGCCUUUAGGAGAGAAGUGUCAGCGAGGCCGAAAAACUAU